GGGGGCCGCGCAGCCGGGGACUUUCAGGAACUGCAGGAGCGGGCGGCGCGGGAGUAGCCAAGCACCCAGCGGCUGGGCCUGAGCGUCGAGACUCGGGGCCGAGGCGGAGGAGCGGCCGCCGCGCCGGGGCCCAGCCGGAGCCGCCGCCCUCGCCCUUGCCUUUGCCUGCGCGGCUCAGAAUCACCAUCCGCGGCGCGGGAGACGAGCCGGCCGUCCCGGGCCGGGGGACCCGCCUGCCAUGGCCACCAAGGCUCGGGUUAUGUAUGAUUUUGCCGCUGAACCUGGAAAUAAUGAACUGACAGUUAAUGAAGGAGAAAUCAUCACAAUCACAAAUCUGGAUGUAGGUGGAGGAUGGCUGGAAGGAAGAAACAUCAAAGGAGAACGAGGGCUGGUUCCCACAGACUAUGUUGAAAUUUUACCCAGUGAUGGAAAAGAUCAAUUUUCUUGUGGAAAUUCAGUGGCUGACCAAGCCUUCCUUGAUUCUCUCUCAGCCAGCACAGCUCAGGCCAGUUCGUCGGCUGCCAGCAACAAUCACCAGGUUGGCAGUGGCAAUGACCCCUGGUCAGCCUGGAGUGCCUCCAAAUCUGGGAACUGGGAAAGCUCAGAAGGCUGGGGGGCCCAGCCAGAGGGGGCUGGAGCCCAAAGAAACACAAACACUCCCAACAACUGGGACGCUGCCUUCGGCCACCCCCAGGCCUACCAAGGACCAGCAACUGGUGAUGAUGAUGACUGGGAUGAAGACUGGGAUGGGCCCAAAUCCUCUUCCUACUUUAAGGAUUCAGAGUCAGCUGAUGCAGGCGGCACUCAGCGAGGAAACAGUCGUGCUAGUUCCUCAUCUAUGAAAAUUCCCCUUAACAAAUUUCCUGGAUUUGCAAAACCUGGCACGGAACAGUAUUUGUUGGCCAAACAACUAGCAAAACCCAAAGAGAAAAUUCCCAUCAUUGUUGGAGAUUAUGGCCCAAUGUGGGUUUAUCCUACCUCUACAUUUGACUGUGUGGUAGCAGAUCCCAGGAAAGGCUCCAAAAUGUAUGGUCUGAAGAGCUACAUCGAAUAUCAGCUAACACCUACUAACACUAAUCGAUCUGUAAACCACAGGUAUAAGCACUUUGACUGGUUAUAUGAGCGUCUCCUGGUUAAGUUUGGGUCAGCCAUUCCAAUCCCUUCUCUUCCAGACAAACAAGUCACAGGCCGCUUUGAAGAGGAAUUUAUCAAAAUGCGCAUGGAGAGACUUCAGGCCUGGAUGACCAGGAUGUGUCGCCAUCCAGUAAUCUCAGAAAGUGAAGUUUUCCAGCAGUUCCUAAAUUUCCGAGAUGAGAAGGAAUGGAAAACUGGAAAGAGGAAGGCCGAGAGAGAUGAGCUGGCGGGAGUCAUGAUAUUUUCCACCAUGGAACCAGAGGCACCUGACUUGGACUUAGUAGAAAUAGAGCAGAAGUGCGAGGCUGUGGGGAAGUUCACCAAGGCCAUGGAUGACGGCGUGAAGGAGCUGCUGACGGUGGGGCAGGAGCACUGGAAGCGCUGCACGGGCCCAUUACCCAAGGAAUAUCAGAAGAUAGGAAAGGCCUUGCAGAGUUUGGCCACAGUGUUCAGUUCCAGCGGCUAUCAAGGUGAAACAGAUCUCAAUGAUGCAAUAACAGAAGCAGGAAAGACUUAUGAAGAAAUUGCCAGUCUCGUGGCAGAACAGCCAAAGAAAGAUCUCCAUUUCCUGAUGGAAUGUAAUCACGAGUAUAAAGGUUUUCUUGGCUGCUUCCCUGACAUCAUUGGCACUCACAAGGGAGCAAUAGAAAAAGUGAAAGAAAGUGACAAACUAGUUGCAACAAGUAAAAUCACCCUACAAGACAAACAGAACAUGGUGAAGAGAGUCAGCAUCAUGUCUUACGCGUUGCAAGCUGAGAUGAAUCACUUUCACAGUAACCGGAUCUAUGAUUACAACAGUGUCAUCCGCCUGUACCUGGAGCAGCAAGUGCAGUUUUACGAAACGGUGAGUGGGCGUCCGUGUGCCUUUCACAUGUGCUUGAGGAGAGGGUUGCUGGUAAACCACUUUGACCAUGUAAAGUUAAUCUGUUUGUGUUCUUUAAUCCUAAGUAAUAAACCAAAGGAGCCUAAAUUUUGGACAGGAUUUUUUUAAUCUCCUAAUUCCAUCUGCCCUUUGCUUUUUGGAUAACACUGGGUUAAAAAAGGUUUUCUUCUGAAGCAGGGGUCUUGGAUGCUAUUUGCAAGGCCCCAAGAAGUUCCUUAUAGUGCAGCUCCUUCCCCUGUCACAGCCUCUCUGUGCCUCUUUGCACCAGGAACGGUGCUGAAUGAGAUGAGGUCACCCAGCCGUCCCUGGGGCUCCGUUGGCAGCUGGAACAGGAGCGUGGCACCACACAGGAAACCAAAGGCAGCUUUGCUUUUUGGGAAUAAGGUUUUCACAAUGCGCCAUGGAAAUAGCAGAGAGAAAACCAAAAAAGCAAGACCUGGGAUGGUUCUAUUCACAAAACAAUAAUGAAAACUUAAAUUUGUCUUACCUCUGCUUAGUAAUUUUGUUGUUUACCAGAGUCUAUAGAAAACAAAAAUCUAGUAGCAUGUCCACCUCAGGCACCUGCAGGUAAGGUCUGUAAUGUAGAAUCCAGCCUCCGCUGGCGGCCUCGCUGCCUACCCAGCUCCCCUCUGGCUGUGGGAUCUAAGCCAUGUUCAUGGGGAGUGGUGAGCAAGCCCUCUGCUCAGCCAUGCUGGUGGCAUCUGCGAGCUGGACACUGCUGAAAACGCCUGUCUCCAGCAGCCAGUUCUUAAAGAACUGUGCUUGAUGUACCUAAUGCAUAUUUGUGAAUUGUGUCUUGGACAGUUGGGUUGGGAGACUAACGGGAGGAACUCACCUAAGCCCUGUCCUCCCUUACAGGACAUGGGCCCUGUGCUCUUUAAAUGCACACUUUCCCCAUCAGUUGGUGCCAUUGUGGAUUUGCCUUUCAUUGUAUAUUAGAAUAUAACAGAUGACAUUUGUCUGUGUGAGAAAAUAAUGCAAGGGCAACUCUUAGAAUUUUGAUAGUAUUGAUUUAUUGAUUUUCAAAUCCAAGUAUGGUAUAGUGACAUUGUAAUUCAGAAUAGAAAACCAUGUGUUUCAUCACUGUCUUUGCAUAAACCUAAGUAGCUGAUAUAACAUUGUCAGGUUCUAGAUCUAAGUUUUAUGGCAAAGUAACCCUUAAGUUACUAAAAUUUGCGUAUGUGUUCAUGGAGCGGACAUAUAUUGAGUGUUUCUUAUAUACCAAGCCCUCACUCUGGAUGUUUAGCAUCCAGGGAUGGAUAAGACAGCUGCGCCUUCAAGGAGCAGGAGGCCCUGGCGCAUAGACCACCACAGCGCCUCGUUAGCUUCACAGGCAGGCUCGUGCUGUCUGCACACUCAGCAGUGACAGCAGGGUGUGGCCAGGGCGACACAACCUUCAGAGGAUUCUGGAAGCUCAUACUCCUCCAGGAAAGGAGAGGGCUCUAGGCAAGCAUGAAGACCUGAGCCCCCAGCUCAUCUGAGGAAAAGCAGGUGGUCUGGAAGCGCCGCUAGGGUAGAGGUGGGGAGCACGUGUAGACGCCUCCCGGCGGGAAGGGAUCACCAGGGUCAGCUUGGGCCCCAGCACUGCCAGUGCCAUUGGGGGUUAAGGUCUCUCCAGCAGCAACACGGGGCAGGGCUGGUGCCAAAAAGACCAGUUAAAGAAUUGGAAUUUGUGUAAUGUUUAACUCGUUGGAGUUGUGAAUAAAGAAUACUGUGAGGUCGUAAUGGGAGUGAUAUCUCAAUGUUGUUUUGUUUUGCUUUCUUGUCAGAUUGCAGAAAAGCUGAGGCAGGCCCUCAGCCGCUUUCCGGUGAUGUAGGACAGAACAGGCCUUGAAGAGAACGCCGCGUGCUUUCUCCUGACUUGGGGCAAUGCAAUUCAAAACUUUUUUUUCCCCUGUUAUUCAGAAAAAAAAAAAGGAAACAAAACCAAAAAGAAACAGAGUUGCAAAAAACUGCAUUUAUUUUAUUAGCCACCCUAAAUGCGUCCGUUACUUAGGGAUGGUCUUUUGUUCAUUUCCGCAUCCAUUAUUUAAACCAGUGGAAAUUGUCUCUAUUUUUGGAAAGUACUUAAAAGUUACCAGAAUUUUCAAUGGAAAAUGAGGGGUUUCUCCCCACUAUUUUACAUAGAGUCAUAAUUUAUAUGUCUUAUAAAUUAUAUGUCUUAUAUAAUUUAUAAGUCUCCCACAAUCUUCCAGUUCUUACCCAGUGUCAGAUAAUUAAUUACUAAUUACUUUCUUAAAAAUAUGAACUAUGCCAGAAUAAAAAAUAUCUAUGUUUGUAUAUUUUUAUAACUCUUUUCAGUCCUCUGGGGCUCCUGUCAUUGAGGGAAGUCGUUAUGCCUUUCACUGCCACAGUUACAGCUCAAGUGCUUACAGUUCAGGAGGGAGGAUGCCGGGGGCCCCUGGGGCUGCUAGUGCCAUCAUGGUAUGUGGCAGGUGGGCCAUCCCAUGUCCCUCCAGGGGGACCCCACAGCCUGGCAGAUGAGCAGAUACCUCUGGCCACCCGUGUCCUCAGCGUCAUUUCUGAUGUGUUGCUCUUAUGUGAGGACCAGUGCUUUCUCUCUUGGCUCUUCCUUCCUAAUCAUGGUUAAGGCAUGUUUUAUGCCAUAAAGAAUACAUUAGAAGAAUUGAGGGACUUUUUAGAGAAUUUUGUGGCUUUGGUCCGACGGGUGAGUGGCUGUGCGGAGGCCUGUGUUCAGGAGGGCCUGGGGGGAAGGAGGGCACCCAGCACCCCGGAGCCUCUGGACCUUUCUUAUUCUUUGACUGCUCAUCCACCAUGAUGAGAAGCGCUGCUGCGGGCAUGGCACACUGCUUGGUUUGGGUGGCGGGUUCAUGGCCAGUUGGUGUAAUUAGCAAAGAGAAAAAGCACAGUUUAGCUCCGCAUUAGAUGAAAAAGUGUAGGGACUGAGAAGGGUUGCAGCCUGAACAGUGUACAGAAUCCCCGGGGCUCUGAGGUUGGAGAGAAAGAACAGACCAGUGCCCUUCCUGACUACAUCCGAAACUUCACACAGGAUGUUUCUGAGCACCAGCACUUCCAGCACUUCAGUUAACGGCAUAAAGCAAAACAGGACUUUGGCCCACCGUCAGCUCGAACUCAGCACGGGCAGCCACUGUCUCACCCCGCGGAGGAGCGCUCCCAUCUCCCACAGGUGCCUUACCGCGUUCCCUCCCGCUGCUUUCGUUUUUCUGACCUAAUAAUUACGGGAAAUGGAAAGUCUGGGCCAGCAUCAAUCAAAUGACACCAAAAAUAAGUAGAUGAGGAAAUCAAAUGAAUAUGAGAACAUCUUGUUCUUCAAUAUCACGGGUUUUUGUUAAUGUUUCAUAAAUAAUUUCCCCACUUGAUUUUUCUUCUAUAAAAUCCCAUAGAACAAUGUUUAUGCUAUAGCCAUUUAAUAUAUGUACAAAUUGUAAAGAAUAUGUAUAAAUGUUUUACACGAAUGUAAGAGCAUGUAGAAGCCAACAUAUAAAUAAAUUGUUUAAAAAAACUGUACAGUAAAUUCUCAAAGCACUUUUUCAAAACA